AUGUCCAAAAGAAAACAAGUCAGUGCAGAGGAAAAACGUACCAGGAUGUUGGAUUUAUUUCAUGAAAAAAAAGAUUUUUACCAGCUCAAAGAAUUAGAAAAAAUUGCACCAAAAGAAAAACAAAUUAUAGUGCAAUCAGUAAAAGAUGUCAUUCAAAACUUAGUAGAUGACGGAUUAGUUGAUACUGAUAAAAUAGGAACAUCGGUGUAUUUUUGGUCUUUUCCAAGCAAAGCAAAAAUUGCUAAGAAAAAUGUAUUAGAUAAUGCUAAAACAAAAUUGGACGAGUAUCAAAAAAAGCUUGACAAGAACUUAGAAAUUAUCAAAAAAGAAAAAUUAGGAAAAGAGAUAACAGAUGAAAGACAAGCACUCUUAAACAAACUCAAGGCACUCAAUGAAGAAAAAUCAAGUUUAGAAAGCGAACUAAAGAAAUAUGAAGAUUCAAAUCCAGUCGAGUAUGAGCGUAUGAAGAAAAGCAUAGAAGUGGCCAAGGAAGCGGGAAACCGUUGGACGGAUAAUGUUUUUUCAGUGAAGUCGUGGUGCAAGAAGAAGUUUUUCUUGGAAGACAGCGUCAUUGACAAACAGUUUGGAAUUCCAGGAGACUUGGACUAUAUAGAAUGA